UGAAAACCGGAUUGGUAACAAAUUAGUAAUAAUUAACUUAAGUUGCUGUUAUCGAUAACUCAUUAACGACAACUACACGACCUUAUUAUCGCAAUAUAACUAUGAUAACAAGAUUUUUUGUUAUUAUUAUGUUUUGACCGUUUUCGGUAUAGAAGACACAUCGAACCAUUAAAAACUUUUAAAGCAACUUAUCAUAAUGUUGUUGGGCUAAAAUAUUGUUUCACAAAAAGCUGCAUAAAUGAUUUUGUAAAAACUUAUAUGGAACAAUGGCAGCUAAUAAUCUUUUUAGUAGUAAGGCGAUGGACAAAGCAGCUAAAACAAAGGCUACCAUUGAACUCUACUAUACAACUUUGAUAACUCAUACUAAAGAACGAAAAGAGAGAGUGAAGCAGUUAGAGGAAUGUAUGGAUAAAGAAGGACUUACAGAAAAAGAGAAAGAAUCACGAAGAACAGUCUAUGCAUUGCGUGAGACUGAGUUUUUAAGAUUAAAACGUACUAGGAUUGGACGAGAGGAUUUUGAAUCACUAAAAGUUAUUGGAAGAGGUGCAUUUGGAGAGGUACGCUUAGUUCAAAAAGUUGACACUGGUCAUGUUUAUGCUAUGAAAAUAUUGCAUAAAAAAGACAUGCUAGAAAAAGAACAAGUUGCACACGUUAGAGCUGAAAGAGAUAUUCUUGCUGAAUCAGAUAACUCUUGGGUAGUUAAAAUGUAUUAUUCAUUUCAAGAUGUGAGCUGUUUGUAUUUAGUUAUGGAGUUUCUCCCUGGAGGUGAUCUGAUGACCUUACUUAUACGCAAAGACACAUUCACUGAGUCGCAAACGCAGUUUUAUAUGACUGAAUCAAUAUUAGCUAUUAAUUUUAUACAUUCACUAGGAUUUAUACACAGGGACAUAAAGCCAGACAACUUGUUGUUAGAUGCAAGGGGUCAUAUCAAACUUUCAGAUUUUGGCUUGUGUACUGGGUUGAAAAAAGCUCAUCGUACUGAUUUUUAUAGAGGAAUAACACCUGCUGCAGUUGGUGAUUUAUGUAGUAGUGUUGGAACUAAGGAAAAAGCAAUGACUUGGAAGCGCAAUCGACGUCAGAUGGCAUAUUCGACUGUUGGAACACCUGACUAUAUAGCUCCUGAGGUUUUUACACAAGGUGGUUACGAAAAAUCUUGUGAUUGGUGGUCACUGGGUGUAAUUAUGUUUGAAAUGCUUAUUGGUUACCCCCCAUUUUGCUCUGAAACACCUCAAGAGACUUAUCGGAAAGUGCUAAACUGGCGUGAAACACUUGUAUUUCCUAUAGAGAUGCCAAUUACAAAUACUGCAAAGAAUCUUAUACUCAACUUUUGUACUGAUGCGGACCAUCGACUUGGGAAAAAUGAAGGCAUAGUAGAAAUUCAAUCUCAUCCAUUCUUUAAAGGGGUAGACUGGGAACAUAUAAGAGAUCGACCAGCUGCUAUUCCUGUAGAAGUAAAAAGUAUAGAUGACACUUCCAAUUUUGAUGAUUUUCCUGAUGUUGAUCUAUCGUGGAACCCACUUCCAGAUAACAACGAGUUAUCAAACAAAGACUGGGUAUUUUUAAACUAUACAUUCAAAAGAUUCGAAGGUUUAACUCAAAGAGGAUUGCGAAAUCUCCCCAUAUAAAUGAGAAUUAGUACACAUAAUAUAUAAAAUUUCUUUUUUGUUUAUUUUUGUAAAAUAUUUAUGUUUUAAUUUUUGUUACGUCAUUUUUUCAGAAGUUUUAAACUUUUAUAAUGACCGUUGACUACAAAGCUAUUUAAGUAUACAAUUUGUCUCAUGACGUGUUCUAUAUUUACGUAUACAAUUUGUCUCAUGACGUGUUCUAUAUUUACGUAUGCAUUCUGUCCUUCGAAUUUUUGUAUUUGAACAAAACUUUAAGUUCAACUUAGAGCGCAGAUUUUUUUUUUUUUUUUUUUUUUUUUUUUUUUUGUAAUCUGAUGUGAAUAGAUAUUUGUUAGAAUUUCAUUUAAAACUUCGCUGGUCGAAGCUUUUGUUGUUCAAUACAAGCUUUGAACUCUCAAGAAAAAUUAGGAUGCAUUGCGAUAUAUGACACGCUUGUUUUUGUGUAUAUAUUAAAGUAUUAGAGAUUUGUAAAGUUUUCCGAUUUUUUACAUUUUUAUUCACUUUUCGAUUGGUUAAUUUAUAAUGAGGAUACAGAUUUGAAUAA